AUGUAUAAGGGUGAAAAUGGUGGAGGCCCUCCUGGGGCCUCUUCCAAGUCUCCUGUGAUGCGACCGAUUCAUCAACAGCAACAACAACAGAGGACCCAACAACACCAACAACACCAACAGCAGCAGCAGCAACAACAGCAGCAACAACAGCAACAACAACAACAACAACAACAUCAUAAUGUUGGCUCAAUUGAAUGGAUGUUCGAUCCAAAGCGCAAGUCACCAAUGUCCGCUCUCCUGUCCCACAUGGACAACUAUGGCCGACACAAUGGAUGGCAGAGUUGGAUUUCCGACACACUUUCAUCAAGUCAACGCUUCCACAAUAUGGUCUACUAUCGUGUUGGCAAUCUGAAAUAUCUCUCGGAUGUACUUGCCGAGCCUGAGCCUUGGGGAAAGGAGCUCAAAGUGCUAAAGAUAUACCUGGACAAUACAUUCAAGCGAUUGGUCGAAGAGAAUAAGCUGGUGGCCUAUAUACCAGCCGAGUCAGUGUCACCAAUAUUGGUCGUGUUCAACACUGGCCUCUUGACCAAGAACUAUGAGGACAUAUUUUGUAUAUUGCAAUCGAUCAGCGUGGCCUCGAUGAAGGAUCGCGAGCAAGAGAGCGGCGGAAGGCGCUGCGAGGAACGCCAGUGGAUCUUGAAGGAGUUCCUGCCGACCUCUGCAUUCAGCCAGAACGACACAUUCGACAAUUCGGCGCAGUCCAAGAUCGAUCGUCUGCCGCUCGACUAUGUCAAGUGCAGUGAGAGUGAGCUUCGCGCUCGCUUCCAACAGGGCAUCGACCUGGCCAUCAAUCGUGUGCGUGCCAACCCUCGCUGUGCAGUGCCACAGCUGCACCGCGAUGUCCAAGGCGCCAAGAACAUUGACCUCCUCGUCCCAAUGUGCAUGAACUUUAACAAGAAGGACCCUGACUGUGCAUUGGUAAUCAGACAUCAAGUGUCAGAUGAGGAUGGUUGUAAGCGAUAUUUGGUUCGUGGUAUCCUCUCAAAGGAGGACGCCUAUAUCAAUGCUAGAGUGAUCCAGAGGAUCGAUCAGAGAUGGCUCGAGUACGAUGAGUUGGCCAGCUAUUGUACAUCAACUGGCAGUGCAAUGGACAUGUUGCCAUCACCACUUAUGAAGUCAUCAUCAGCACUCUCACCCUCAAUGAAGCCAUUGUCCUCCUCAUCAUCGUCCUCCUCACAACAGCAACAACAACAGGCGGAUAUGUUGACAGUGCAGUCACCAUCCACCACGUCACAUGGUCGCAAGAAAUCAGACACAUACUCUAGCAGUAACAACAGCAACAGUAGUAACAAGUCGACACCUCUGAUAUCAUCGCGCUACCCAUCACCUCAUCCAAAGAACAGCAACAACAAUGGAAACAACAUCAACAACAACAACAACAAUACAUCAUCUGGCACACCGACCUCAUCUGGCCUCGGAAACAAGACAACAUCAUCGGGCUCAACGUCGGCGGCCACAACGCCAUCAUCGUCCACAUCAUCAUCGACACCAUCAUUUUCUCAGAACAGCUUCCAGAGCCCACUCACUUCACCAUCAUUGGUAUCGCCAAUGAGCUCAAUCAUGUCAUCAUUGCAACUCAACUCCCCCUUGAUGCAUCCCAGCGCUCCGCCAACGCCGCCGUUCCCCACCCUGAUGGACGACAUCUUCUACUCCUCCGCCUCCCCCAAGUUCUUCCAACUGCCGCCACAUCAGCAGCAGUCGUCACUCACCAGCUCGCCACCUCCACUGCAGCUGCAGCCACAUUCACCUCGAGGUCUUGGUGCCGGGCCCUCCAACCUCUACGGCCAGACUUCGGCAGCAUCCCCAAACACAUAUCAACAACAACAUCAUCAUACUUCCCAACAACAGCAACAACAGCAACAACAACAUUCUAGUCGCAACAAGUAUCCAAGUUCAAUCAACAACAACACGCAUAUUUAUAAAUCACAAUUUACACUAAGUAACCAACAACAACAACAACAACAUCAAUCACAUCAACAAUCACAUCAACAACAACAACAACAACAACAACAACAGCAAUUCACUUCGCAUCAAUUACCAGCCUAUUUAAGCAACAUUGGCAGUUUAUCCGCCAACUCCUCUCCGACCGCCAGCAUCAACAAUCUCAACACCCAUCAUAGUCCUGCACUGAGUGGAAGCACCAAUGCAACAUCUCAAUCCUCAUCAUCAUUGUCAAAUAGCCUCAACAACAUUAACAACAACAACAACAAUCACUCCAAUUAA